AUAGGCAGCCAAUCGCGCCAGCUGGGUAGGACCCGGAAGUCGAGAGGAAGGGGGAAAGCAGCUCUUGCCUCUGUGGAAGGGCAGGAAUGAGAGGCCGGGUCAAGCCGCAGCGAGAGAACCAGGAGGAUGGAACAGAAUGGAGCGAUCGUUCCCACAGGAUUCCCUCAGCUGAAGAAUGAUACAUUCCUUCGAGCAGCACGAGGAGAAGAGACAGAAUACACCCCAGUUUGGUGCAUGAGACAGGCAGGAAGGUAUCUCCCAGAGUUUCGUGAAACCCGAGCAGCUCAGGAUUUCUUUGCUACAUGUCGUUCACCAGAGGCAUGUUGUGAACUUACCUUGCAGCCCCUGAGACGUUUUCCUCUAGAUGCUGCUAUCAUCUUCUCUGACAUUUUAGUGGUCCCCCAGGCAUUGGGCAUGGAGGUGGUGAUGGUGCCUGGCAAGGGACCCACCUUUCCUGAGCCAUUGAAGGAAGUGGAAGACCUCCUAAAACUCCGACAGAAAGUGGAUGUGGCAGCAGAACUGGGCUAUGUCUUCAAGGCCAUCACACUGACACGACAUAAACUGGAGGGGAAGGUGCCUUUGAUUGGUUUUUCUGGUGCACCGUGGACCCUGAUGACCUACAUGAUCGAAGGUGGUGGCUCCAACACAAUGGCCAAAGCUAAGGCCUGGCUCUACCAGCAUCCUGAAGCCAGCUGCCGUUUGCUUACUCUACUGACUGAUGUAAUUGUGGAUUACCUGGUAGGGCAGGUGGCUGCAGGUGCUCAGGCUCUCCAGCUUUUUGAGUCACAUGCAGGACAUCUUGGGCCAGAGCAAUUUGCAGAGUUUGCCAUCCCAUUCAUCCGGUCCAUUGCCAUGCGGGUGAAGAGCAAGCUGCGGGAAAGUGCCCUGCCUGAGGUGCCUAUGAUUGUCUUUGCUAAGGAUGCACAUUAUGCGCUGGAAGACUUGGCAGAAUCUGGCUUUGAAGUGGUUGGGUUGGACUGGACCAUCUGCCCCCAGGAUGCUCGUCAAAGGGCAGGAGGACAUAUUACUCUGCAAGGCAACUUGGAUCCAUGUGCCCUCUAUGCACCAAAGGAGAAGAUUGGGGAGCUGGUGAAGAAAAUGCUUGAAGGUUUUGGCUCCCAGCGCUACAUUGCCAACCUGGGCCAUGGCCUUUACCCUGACAUGAGCCCAGAGCAUGUGGGAGCCUUUGUUGAUGCUGUACAUAUGCACUCUCGCCACCUCAACAAGCUGCAGAACACCUUGGGAGAUAAGUCUUCAUGAUGGAAGGUGGACGAUACACUGAGAAAACUGUGCCAGAAAGCAGUUAGAUGGAGAUGAGGUUAUUUGUGAAAUAAGUUUGAAAGCCUGUAGUUAGAGACAGGCAUAAGAGUUAGAAAGCAGUGUUUUAAGACAACACUAUUAAAUUGCUUCCACCCCCCUCAUCCUGGCAUACUGCUUGAGUGGGGUUAGGUUGACAAAGAAUUAGGAGUAAACAUAGUUCAUGCAUGGCCUUGGGGGCAGAAAUGUUUAGAGGGCUGCAUCCAAUAUGCAAGCCGGUAUCGGGGCUGAGAGACUCCAAACAUUGGAAUGGGAACUGGGCCCUGCAGCAGCAGGUUUUUUAAUGACAUGUUCAGGUAGUGCAACCCUUUAUAGAGCCAAGUUUCAUUCUCUUAGGACUUUGAAGCAAGGAAAUUAUUUUUUAAAAUUUUUUAUAUCUACAUAUUUUAGUCAUGCAUAACUCAAUCCACAUCAGGGAGGAGACAAAACUCUCCCAGCUAGCAGGGGUGUGUGUGUGCUAACCGUAAAUAACUUUGCUAGGAUGAGGAUAAGGAAGACUGUACCCAAGGCUCUUCCUAUCUCUCCCAUCUUACCAAAAGCCUGCAUUUGUCCUGCUGUCUCUGGUUCAGCAUUACGACGUUAUUAAUACAGAAAUGGUUGGAGUGAUACAGAGGUGGUAUGAACUUCUGCUUCCUUUUUAUUAAACAUCAGGUCAAGAGGUUGUACACACAAAAUAAAAAAAAAAAGUGAAGAAUGAUACUUCUGUGGCAACAAA